AUGGAAUGUGAAUGCAUAUCACCGCCACCGGAAUUUGAUAUUCCAUCACCGCCGGAUCCGUCAUUGAUAUGGCAUUUGCUUUCUGAUGAAUUUGUUACUGAUGAAUUUACACAGAUUCAACAAUGUGAUGCUAAUGAAAAAAUACAAACACAAAGUGAAGUGUCACUGAUAUUUUCAAAUUUAUCAAAUUAUCUCUUAUAUGCCUUAUUUGCAUCCGGUGUGCUAAUUUCUGCUGCCUUAUUAGUUAUUAUUAUUUGCAUUCGAAUACGAAGGUUUAAUCGAAAUGGACGAGCAAAAAUGAAACGAAAAACGGAAUUUUCGGCAGAUAUAAUAUUGAAUAGCAGCGAUUGGCCAUAUACCACAACAAUUCAUGAUAGUAAUUCAGUGAUAAAUGGUGAUUUAUUAUACGGGUCCACUGAGAAUAAUUUUAUGAAGCAUAAAGCUAUUCGGGUCACUUCAAAUUCGCUAAGGAGUUAUCCGUGUCAUUUAAAUAAAUUAUCAACAAAUUCGAUGAGAAAUUCAUCGCUUCAGUCCGGACCGGUAUUCCGGCUUCGUGGAUCAACAGACGGUUACAGUACCAUUGGAAGAUUAUAUGAAGAAAUUCCGGGAAAUGAAAUUUUCAAUUCCGUACAUGGUAUAAAACAUUCGGAAAACUCUCUAGCAUAUGUAUCAAGACGAGAAUUACUUAGUGGUUUGACAUCAGUGCGAAGGCCACCACCAACAUGUCGUCCACCGCCACCACCAUCUCAGCAUUCUCCGCUUAGUCUAGACUCAUCCGGAAAUUCAGCGGAAAAGGAACAUGAAGAGCAUGAUGUAAUGCCUGUUUCAUCUCCGAAACGUUUGACAGAUGAUGAAAAAUCUCGAAAUUCGGGUAAUUCAGGUGACAAUGGACAUGAAAGUGGUUAUGGUACUGCACCAAGUAGGUCGUGGAAUAGUCCGCUGAUAAUGCAUCAGCAAAAACGAAUGAUAAUGAAAGAAUCAGAUGAUGCAUUUCAUCGUCAAACACCGCUAACUAUUUAUGCUUAUCGUAGUAGCAAUACUCAUCCAAUAACUUAUGUUUAA